UCGUUUUUGAAGACGCCUGAAAUUCGUUGACUAUCCAAACUGCAACUAUUUAAAUCAUACAACCACAUCUGAAAGUAAUGAGUUGUGUUCUUAAGAUAUUCGAGUAACUAUCGGAAAGGACUUUAUUCAACAAUCAACAAAAACUCAAGAUGGAUGCAGUCUCAGGGAAAAAGGCACCCGAGGGAACUGGAUCGGUGUCUGACCACACAUUCUGCCAGACAUGUGCGAACGAUGGCAAGGACAUCCCUCCUGAUGCCUUCUGUACCGUCUGCAAGGAGUUCCUGUGUUCCAACUGUGCCAGAGUACACAAGAACAUGACGUUAACCAAAAGCCACCCUCUUCAGGACAAGAGUACCAUGCCUUCUUCACUCCAACCAGAGAGUGAGAAUAAGCAUUUUACGGAAACAUGUCAACGCCAUGCCGAAGAGUUCAUAAAAUACUUUUGUCCCAAUCACGAGACACUUCUGUGUGGAGACUGCUUGGCUGAGAAAGAACACAGCUCAUGCACUAUUGAAAGGAUUUCUCAAGUGGCAAAGCGGUACAAGGAGGGCCCAAAAUACAACGGUCUGAAGGCAGGACUUGUCCAGGUGGUCAAUGACAUCGGCAACCUUUCAGACAACAUACAAGCGAGCAUGAAAUAUAUUGAUGAAGAGAGCUUUACAAAUAUCAAUGCGCUUCGAAAGUUCAGGAAUGAAAUCAACCAAUACCUGGAUAAGAGGGAACAAGAGUUACUGGAAGAAAUUGAGCAGAAGAAACAAAAAUCACAAAGCCUGUUGAGUGAACUAAAAUCAAAUUGCCAAGACAUACAAGCUGCCACUGAGAAGCUCAAGGUCGAGCUACAAGCCAAGGAGGUCAACAGUAACCAGUUGUUCAUAUCUGGAACAAGGGCAAUUAAGGAGUUAGUCGGUUUUCAGUCAGCCCUUAAAGACAUCAGAGGUAAAAAAUGUGUGUCAUACUUCAAGUUCACAAGGGACCCCACCACAAAACAGCUGCUGGCUUCAUGCACAGCAAUUGGCAGAGUGGAUCAGGUGGCGUCAGAUUUGGCAGACCAUGUGGCAUCAGAUUUGGCAGACCAAGUGGCGUCAGAUUUGGCAGACCAGUUGGCGUUAAAUUUGGCAGACCAGCAGACAAAACCUCAGGUGUCAGCCUUAAACCAAGGCCGUGCAGACCUAAGACAGUACCAGUUUAGCAAGCUGUCUGGCAUUCCAGUGAAGACGGCAGCAGACACUUGA